GUCAGUUUGUCAGCGAAUUUAAUAGUGUUGCAGGCGUUCAGAGAGGAGAGGAGGUUCGGAGUUCUCUACGAAGCUGGGCCCCGGGCAUCAUAUCGAUGUAUAACUUCUCGAUUACGCAUUCACUGCAAAGAUUUCAAAGUAGGCCUACAUCUUGUUUUUGAAAUUUUGUGUUGCUGUUGGUUGAUGUGUUAUUGUUGAAAUUUGGAUAUUAGAAAAUAUGUGGUAGAAUUACUACUGUAUAUGAAAACGAUCUGAUAUUCGAUUGCUCAAUUAACCAAGGCUAAAAUUUUACAGUACCUAUAUUUCAAGAACUUGCAAUAAACUCUGUGCCACGAGAAUGAGUAAUCUGGAGUUCUUUCUACUGACGGUUGUCUUGCCUCUGUCAAUGCAAGUCUUAAAGGUGUCAUACGGCGAUGAAGAAGUUGGCCUCUGCAUCGGGCAAAAUGGCGGCGUCCACUCUUGUGCAAACCAGUGUGGAAAAAGGCAAGACAAUUCCCACCAGUGCAACUGUGACGACAUGUGCGUAAGAUAUGGUGACUGUUGCUUAGACUUUCAUCUCAGAUGCAAUAAUGACUACCAACACGGGAACGACUCUCUUCCAGUACUUCUAAGCCAAGAGCUGGAGACAAUUUCUAACGAGCUAAAUGUUAGACCCUUGUACAGUUGUGAGUCUAAUCCAGAUGCCUGGAAUAUGCCAGAGUUUCCUGGUCUUCUAAUGAUAUCCAGCUGCCAUCCCUGGUGGAAGGGAACCCGUCUGGAAAAGCAAUGUGCUUUUGGUUUAAACACCUCUCAUCCAGUUGUGUACGUCACAGCUAAGAAAACCUUCUUCCGAAACGAACACUGUGCUCUUUGUAAUGAUGCAUCAAUACUGGAGUCGCAGUCUGACUUCUCUUUGUUUGACUUUAAUAUGGAGAACCAGCUUGUUGAUCAAAUCAAGUACACAAUCAACCAUGCAGAACCACGUGACGUACGUGGUCUGCCAUUUAUCCGGUCUUGUGAUUUGGAUAUAGUCGACGAUUGUCCUGUGCAGACGCGUGAUGAUUUGCGAUAUUCAUGCAAAGGUUAUUCAGCCGUCUUUAAUAUUAACGGCAUAAUAUAUAAAAAUCCCCACUGUGCCAUGUGCAACUGGGUUUACCCUUUUUGGAAUAUGACAUGCCCGCUGAAUGAGUCGUACGACCCCUGGGAGAAGCCUAUGAUGGAAGCAACUAGGCCUUUGAGUGAGCUAUUUGCGUUUUCCGGCAGUGCAGUCGCUUUCUAUCCACAACCAGUAACGGUGUGUUCAAAUGGCACAUUCUAUGAUCAAAUACUCGACAAAUGCGUCCGAUGUGAGAACGGAACUAUGUUGAAAAUCACAAAAGAAAUGAUGCAAGAAAAUGGGACGUUUAUCACACUUCCUGCAGGCAAUGACGGAGCCGAUUCAACUGAAGUCUUUAUAAAUUUAAAUAACUAUUUAAGUGAAAGUUUCUACUCGUCAUUGUCUGAUUCAUCUGGACAAGAAACAUCCAGCGACUCAAUGCCAACAAACGCAUUGCCAAGUUCAUACGGAAAUGAAAAGUUUAUUUGUCUCCAAAGUUGUGAGGUUGAACCAACAGAAGAAAUAAAGUCAAAUAGAACCACUCAUAAUAUAGAUAAAAGGACGACGGAGCAUGAAAAUGUCAGCCACGUCACGUGUAAAAUUUUGAAACCAUCUGGUCAGAAGCCACCAGUUUCCUCGACUUCUGAUGUUUUAUUAUCGUACAUUAGCAACAUACUAUUGUCAAUCUCUCUCGUCUGUCUACUUCUUUCUUUCAUAAACUCUUGCAUAUUACCAUCGUUGCGGAACCUACCUGGGAUCUGCAGAAUGUGUUUGAUAACUGCUUUAUUUUGUGCUCAAUUUAUGUUCAUAGUAUUUGUCGACAAAACAAACUCGCCAACACUGUGCGCGGUGAUUGCUGCCGUCAUGCACUAUUUCUGGCUGUCAAUCUUCACUUGGACCAACGUCUUAGCCUUUGAUCUAGCACGCGUGUUCGUCUUUGACACGAAUCGAGUCCACCAAUCUAGAAGCAUUAAACUGCUAGUAAUCUAUAUGCUAUAUGGGUGGGGGCUACCUCUUCUGAUAGUGCUGCCAUGUGUUGGUCUCCAUGUUACGUCUCCAAGACAUUUUAGAUACGGAGGUAGCGUGUUGUGUUGGAUACAAGAUAAACGGCAGUUAUUCUACUCAUUUGCUCUGCCACUCGCAGUUUGUCUGAUCUUGAAUUUUGGACAGUUUAUGUUUACUUCUUACAAGAUCAUGCAAGCAAGGAAAAUAUCGAACUUCGCACUGGGAGUCAAGAUGAAGAAAUCAAGGAAAUUCGAUGACGUUCUACUAUAUAUAAAGAUAUCGUGUCUGAUGGGGUUCACAUGGGGAUUUGCUUUCGUCGCCUCGUACGCGAAUGUGGCAGCUCUGUGGUACAUAUUCAUUCUCCUGAAUGGUUUGCAGGGGUUCUUCAUUUUCAUUGCAUUCACUUGCAACCGUCACGUGCUGAAGCUCUGGCGAGAGAGGUUGCAGAUGGACAAGGAAAGUCAAACGCAGACGACACGAUGUACACGAUUCUCCACGCAAAAAAUCACGAGCAGGACGGCGUCAAUUACUCGAGCGGAUAUGAAUGCUUCUGAAUUCAAGUCAGAUAUUUCACCGUAGAGCAAGAAUUCAGCGCUUUCUUAUUAACAUGAAGACGCCACAAAACUUCAUAGGCUUUUGUAGCAGGCGAUGUAUCAUGUGGUCACGACGUGCUAGAGUCUUGACCGGUAGUGCCUAAUUUUCUUGUACGCCCUUAAACCUACCUUGUAUUUCUUAGCAGUUUAUUAGUCAAUGUAUUUUGAAACUCUAAUACUCUAUCUCAGACGUUGAAAUCCUCUUUGACGAGUUAAAGACAAACUGUAAAAAUACAAUUAUUUCAUAGUCUAAUAUCUAUUGGAAAUACUUUCAAUGUAAAAACGCCCCAUAAGUUGUAUAUAAUGUACAUGCAUAUGGCUAUAUUUAAGUUGUAAAUAUAUCUGGCUGUAAAUGCCUAUAGAUAAAUAUGAUUUAUUUAUUUACCAGUGUUUAGGUUGAUAGAGUAAUGAUAAGAGGCAAACGUCUAAUUCGUCUUCAUGUAAAAGCCUUCGUUCCAUGGGCUUUGAACUAAUGGGUCUUUUACCGCUAAGCCCCGCCCCUUAGAUAUUGUUGCCAAGUCUUAAAAAACGACACCGUAAACACCAUGGAGGAAUUAGUUUAUUAGGAAAGUGCUAUGUAAAAGUUGGCUUAUUAUAGCAGGGGUGUAUCCAGGAAUUUUUUCUGGCUGGGUCGUGAUCAUAAUUUUUUUUUUACCUUUUCACAAUGAAAUAAACAGCAAGAUGUGAUUAAAAUGUCCAUACAAUUUGCUUGAAGCGGAUGGCAGGCUCAGUUUCAGAAUUUCUGGAAUUGAGAUUAUGUUAUGAAUUUUACCUGUGUUUCUUUACUUUGUUUAAGCAUCUACGUAAAACGGAUUCACCUGUCUUUUCUAGAUAAGGCAAUCUAACCCAGAUCUUAAUCAAGCUAUCAUCAGUAGGCCUAUGUAUACAUUUAGGUUCAUUUAAUUUAUUGAGUACAUGGUUAACAACUUUUACGUCACGCAAUUGGCAAGGUCUUUAGACUCAUUGCUGAUACCUCAUCAAUGCUUUUUCAUUUAUGUCAUUGCCAAAAGGCCCUAUAAAAAUGUCUUUGAAAAAAAUGUGAACAUUUGUACAUUUGGAGGGGGGGGGAUGGAGGGGCCGUACGACCUUCCCGACCGCUCCUUGCAUACACCAUGUAUAGUUACAUUAUUCAAAUUAGGAGAAUUGGUAUUCUAUAUUGAAACAUCCUCACUAAAACUAUUACUAAUGUCUUUGCCUUUUCUCUUACCUUUCCGGCAGCACAAUUUUAGUAGUAACUUCCAUACAAAACUAGAAAUUGAUCUAUCUCUGAUUUAUUGAAAGCUGUUUACAUAUAUGUGUUUCUUUAAAAUUGGAAAUUUAUUUUUCAUUACAAUUUUCAUUUCUUUUCUUUUAUGGUGAGGUUAUACCGUUAUGGGUCAAUUUAUUAAAAAAUAAUCAAUUGUUAAUUUUGUCCUCUGUAAUUUAAUUUCAUUGUUUGGGUUGGGCUGUUAUUUUUAAAAUAAAAGUGAUGUCCUCGUAUAUUCAACCUUUUUAUUUUACACUAUGUAUAUAUAUUUUUUUUACCAGUAAUUUGCAAUCGCUGUUGAUGGAAUAAUAGAUAAUAAAAUAAAAUAGGCCUAAGUGAAAAAAGUACAAUAAAAUAAUAAUAAUAAUAAUAAUAAUAAUAAUAAUAAUAAUAAUAAUCAUAAUAAUAGCGUCUGUUUUUCUUAGAUAAGUAAAUGACCAAUACAUUCUAUGAGGUACGGUAUAAGUGUUGGCGAAACAAUUUCUGUACUAUAUUGUAAUUUGCAAGUAAUUACGUCAUAAAAGUAAAUUAUGAAUUACGUAUGCAAGGAAAGCUUUCAUAAAUGUAGAAACCCUACGAAUUUACGUCAUAACUGACUGUCAUUGGAUUCUUAUGAUUGCUUGAUGCAUACUUAUUUUAACACACGCACAAAAUUGAGACAAAAAAUUAUUUUACGCGUGAAGAUGUAAAACUAAUAUUGGGCAUAUGCGCGUGAAUCAUUAAUUUUGUACUCAAAUGAAUUGGUAAAUAUUAUAAUAAAAUUUAUUAUGAUAUGGUCUCACCAAAUGAGUGAUUGUAAGUGAAUGGUAAUAAAAUGCAUAUACUUCAAU